AUGACGAGAAGACGAAUUCCAGCAAAGAGUUCCAAAAGAUCCAAGAAGGAAAUAAUUUCGAGCGACGAUGAGGACACAGAAACCGACGUUGUUUGCAAUAAUGAUCAUCAUGUUGAUGAAAUUAAACACAAGAGAAAUCAUUCAGACCAUUACAUGACGAUGGAUGAUCAAGACGAUGCAAUUAUUAUUAUUUCCGAAGAUCAUGAUGAUGAUUCAACUCAACCCCGAAGGAGUACACGACAAGUUAAAAAACCAAAACGUAGCGAUGAAAUGGAAGAAGAGAUCACUGUACAAAAGAAAGAAGCAUCUUUUGGAAAGAAAGGAGCUAAAUCUAACUAUGCCAAUCAGGUGGCAAGAUUGUUUUACAAAAAUUCUGUUUUGAACAAAGUUAACUUGGAGGAUAUAUUUUCAUACGAUAUUUACAAACUGUUAAACGAAGAGCAUCAAAAAUAUCUGACACAGUUUUUAGUGCAGGAUGGUGUGGAUGUUGAUGAGCAAGGUUUUGCUAAACGAAAAAUGUUUUUAGAUCCUAAUUUUAAGGCGUCCAUUUCAGAGUUUGAGAGGUUGCUUUCAGAAGGUUAUUUAAACACCUCAAAAAAAUUCAAAGAUGUCAUUGAAAACGUGAUUGAGGUAAAUCAGAAGAAGGGAUACGUGGAAGAAGGUAUGGAAAGCUACUGGCUAGCAAAUGCAGACAAAAUUGAUACUUCAUGGGUAAAAAAUUUGGAAGAUUAA